UGCAAAAAAUAAAAAAUAAAAAAAGAGAGAGAGCUGGGUGGACCCCGUCGGCACGUUUGCGUCUGCGUAGGACAAGAUGAAGCUCUUGGGGAAAUUGCCCGCGGCCGAAACGGCGAAGUUCUUCCACAAAGUCAUCGAUGGGCUCUGUGGCCAGGCUUUUCCCCAGCAUCGAGAUUACGACGCGAUUUGGAAUUUAACAGAAUGGAUGGAGGUGCUAGAAGAAACUGCGUCGUACUUCAGGAAAACUGUUGGAAAAGAUCUUUCUGAGGAGGAGGCUGUUCGGCUGUUGGCAGAGUUAAAUCCCGACACGCAAAGAACAGCGCUGACUUGCUUGAAAGCCAGAAAACCUGAUAUCAGGCAAGCCCUGGUUGGAAACACAAAUGCCAUUUGUUCUUCCCAGCUCCUGAAUUUUGACUGGCAGCUCAAGCUCGCCCUUUCUAGUGAUAAAUUGUCCAUGCUCCAGAUGCCGCUUUUAAACCUGGAUCUGGAUUUGUCGAAGGAUGGGGACCUCAAAUUCACCUCUGUGGAAAUGAACAAAGAAGAAUUACAGACUCUGAUAAAUGCGUUGGAAGCAGCGAACAAGGUUGUUUUACAGCUGAAAUGAUUCCGGAUUCAGAGCUUCCCAGUAAGGAGAAAUGAGAUAUUUAUUCUAAAAUGCAAAGGGAAUUUACAUCCCCACCCCCCCAGAGAUGGAAAAUUCAGCACAUGAAAGAAGAUGAGGAUUUUUAAUUGCAAGCUUACCGAGACUGCUGAUCCACAUUAGACCAAAAUUAAGUACAUUUAGGCUAAAUUGCCAAACUGGGACAGAGCUUGAAUUGUUACAAUAUGUCUGAAAACUUUUGAAGAAAUGAAGGUGCUGAAAAUUCACUGGCUUUCUUACUCCAUUAGCAAACAUUGCGUCAAAUUGUUUAGGGCAAAAGAAAAGAAAUUUCUUACUUUUUUUUUCCAAUUCGCUUCGGAUUUGUUAAAACAAUUACAUAUUUUGACUACCGUGGGAUGGUUAUCCUGGAAAGCGAAAUGCUUUGUUUCUAACUUGCCUAAGAAUAAUAUUUUCCAGGUCUAACUGAGCUCUGUCCACAAAUUCAGAGGAAGGCAUUCACUUAAUUAAAAACAUCCAGUUUGAAAGUGACAUUAGGAACAAUUCCCAUUCAUGUCAAGUGGAUUUAAGACAUCAGAGUAAGACUUGUACGUGGGAGAAAUCAAUAAAUGUUUUUGUAACCAGGUA